AUGGAGCAUAAAGGCUACAACUUUUACUGCCAGCGCAAGGUCACCGAGACUAACACUACCUACUGGGUCUGCGCCCAACACCGAUCUGGAUGUAAGGCCCGCUUGAUUGUUCGCGACGGGAAAGUCAGAGCACUCAAUGACCACACUUGCAUGGUGGAGACGCCACCAGAAGUCACCGACGUUCGCCAAGAAAUGCAGGUCGCUCUCCAGGCAGCGUGCCUGUCGAACCUAGCGUUGCCUCCCGGUAUGGUGUGGGAGCGGACGAUGUCAAGCAUGCGUGAGGUGUACCAAGCCUCGAUCCUCAACACCAUCGGUAGGGUCCCAACGAUCUUUAUCAUCAAGUACACCAGGGGUCAGAUAACUGCAGUGACGCUCUUCGAGCCAUCGAGAGCGCUCCAACACGGAACGUUGCCCAGGAUGACCCGAGGCCAUUCCUCCAAUUCAGUGUCGUCCACACAAAUGUAUGUUGGCAACGCAGAUUUAUCGGAUAUUGUAAUGGGUCACCAUUUACAUAAAUUUGGACAUCCGGAUCUUAUACGGCUGCUGCGCUACACCGGCACGGCGCUCUACAUCGACGGAACGUUUAAGAUGGUGCCAAAGCCGUUCACUCAGUGCCUCAUCGUGAUGGUCCGAGAUCCCGGGGAUGCCUACUGGAAUGCGGUUAUUUACAUCGUCAUCCAGACUGGGUGUCUGCUCGAGCCCGCAUCACAAGCUCUUUGGCGCAAGAUGCUGAGCGAGCGCAUCCAGCAGGACCAGAUUGCUUCUGCACUUACCCUGAAUGCGAUUGUUGUACUCACAAUCAUUCCGGAAAACGAAAUCGCGGACAAGGGAAUUCGCUACGAGCGCAGCCUGGUGGAUGAAACUGGAGCCAAGACCAAGUGGAAUUCGUUUUGGCGUUACUUCAAGAACACCUGGUUGAACAGCAACGGAGCUGAUCUCUGGAACGUCAACAGCAUGCAAGCCGCUGGAAUUGAUCUGACCAACCGGACGAAUAAUCCUUUAGAACGCUACAAUCGUGCGUUCGGUGAAUUGUUCUCGGUAACGCAUCCAAGUCUCCGUGCGUUCGUUGAAACAGCAAAGACAGAUACACGCCGCUACGCCCAAAUGAUCGACGAUAUCAAGCAUCAUCGUCGCGAACCGCCUAGACAUGCAGAAUUUGUGGAGCCGCAUGUGUUGGUCGACUACCUGCACUUCCAGUAG